AUGUGUUUUGGAAAGUGUGCUAGGUGCAUUGGGUACAAGUUGCUCAUUCUUGCCUUCCUCUGCAUUGUGGCUAACAUCUUGCUUUACUUUCCCAAUGGUGAAACAAGAUUCGCUUCAGAACAUCGGCUUAGCAAGUAUGUGGCAUGCCUUCAUGGAAUUAUAGGAGGAGGGAUUUUGAUAUUCCUCCCAGCUGCAGUGUUCAUUGGACUAGAACACGAUAAUUGCUGUGGAUGCUGCGGGCAUGAGAACUGUGGGAAAAGCUGUGCAAUGCUGUCCUCUGUUCUGGCCGCCUUCAUCGGAAUCCUGGGGUCCGGCUACUGUUUCAUCAUUUCAGCUUUAGGUUUAUCCCAUGGCCCUUACUGCCUCUCUGCUGUAGAACAGAACUGGGUCUAUCCUUUCACUAACGCCAGUGGAGGGUAUCUGCUUGAGCGUGACAGGUGGUCUGAGUGUCGGGAGCCAAGGAAUAUCGUGGAAUGGAACUUGACCCUCUUUUCCAUUCUUCUGGUCUUGGGGGGGAUUGAAUUAAUUCUGUGUUCCAUCCAAGUAAUCAACGGUUUUCUCGGAGGAAUAUGUGGGGUUUGCUGUAAUCGGGAAGAGAAAUACGUUUGCUAGAACAUCUGCACCUGAAAAUGGGCUAAAAUCACUGUAAUUAUAUCUUUGUGGUAUUCUGUAAAACAUGUAUUUGAAUGUCUUAUUUUGUAUUGCACAUACUGUAAAUUAUAAAGAACAAUUUAUUCAUGUUACAUUUCUUCUUGCCAAACUAUGCACUGUCACUAUUAAUUCACAGAUUGGGCCAGGUUCUGUUCUUGGAAAGAUGUGCAGGAUUCCCAAAGAACACAAUAGUCAUUAUGUGUUUGCACCUGACAGCAGAAUUUGGCCUACUGUGAUUUUUGUCAUAAACAUAUACCUAGCAUACAAGGAU